UUACUUGAGGGGUUCAGUCAGGGGUUCUCGAUCAGAGGUUACUUGAGGGGUUCAGUCAGAGUUUCUCGAUCAGAGAUUACUUGAGGAGUUUAAUUAGAGGUUAUUCAAGGAGUUCAGUCAGGAGUUAUCAGGUCAGGGGUUAUUUGAGAGGUUACUCGAGCUUCUCUCAAUCAAAAACUCAAGUUAAAAUUUUAAAAGAGUUCAAUAAGUAAAACUUCUCUCGACCAAACAUACUCCCAAAAGCUUCUCCCUUACCAAACCGACCCACCGGCCACCACCACCUCCCUCCCUUCUAGAAGAGCAUGUGCCAAUCACGUUAUACCAGACUAUCAGAUUUUUCAAAGGAAUAAACAUAAAAUAACAAUUAACAAACGUUGAAAUUGACGUCUAUGACCGUUGACUGUGUUCACUCAAAACACUCAGCAGACAAACAAAAAACAAAAAAAAAAAGAGGAGAGAGAAUAAUGGAAGCUGAAACAUCUGAUUUACAGCAACAUCAUUAGAGAUAUGAGUAAUUUCAAUUGUUAAUAAUAAGAUUUAUGAAAAUGAAAGGAUGUGCAGAAUCUGGAGGUUGCCCAACUGACUAUGUUGCUGUUUCUGUAUCUUCCAUUUCUCUUUUUCUGCUUCUUGCCCGUUCGGCAUUCCCGUUCCUAUAUCACAAGCUGUCAAUUCCAAAAGGCAGUGCAUUUUGGGUCCCGGCUGUACAGAUUCUUGCUAGCUUGGACCUUUUGGUAUCGGUUGUGAUGUCAGUCAAUUUGAUCAGCAUUGAAAGAAGGCAAUGGUGGCAGUCUUGCUAUAUCUGGGCAGUUUGGCUUGAAGGACCAUUCGGAUUUGGUUUAUUGCUUAGCUGUCGCAUAGUACAAGUCUACCAUCUCUAUUUCAUUUUUGUCAAGAAGCGGUUACCACCUAUAAGGUCACAUAUAAUUCUCCCAUUGGUUCUCCUCCCUUGGAUUGCUGGAGCUGCUAUUAUACAGCUGAAGAAACCAUUGAACUAUAGGUGUCAAAUGUCUGCUCGGUGGGUCACUCCAUCAAUGGUCCUACACUCUGCAUAUGUUGUUAUAUUUGUUGGGUUGACAAGGUCCAUUCAGCAUGUGAAUUUCAGAUUUGAUGAACUCAAAGACCUUUGGCGAGGAGUAGUUGUUUCUACAGUUUCUCUUGUUUUCUGGGUGGUUGCGUAUAUUCUGAAUGAAAUUCAUGAAGAUGUUGAAUGGCUUCGAGUUGGCUCCAGGUUUCUGCUUGCAUUAAUGACAAGCAUAUUCAUACUGGCAUUCUUCUCUUAUUCAAGCUCACAACCACUUCUCUCACAAAUCAGCUUGAGGAAAAGGGAGGGCCCCAGAUACGAAAGCAUGGGUCAGGCUUUAGGCAUUCCUGGCAAUGAAAUUCAGCUACAGAGGCAAUCAAUGGCCAUUGACUGCAAUGAACCUCUUGAUAAGCUUCUUUUGGAUAAAAGAUUCCGACAAUCCUUUAUGGCUUUUGCUGACAGUUGUUUGGCUGGGGAGAGUGUCCACUUUUAUGAGGAAGUGCUGGAGCUUGGAAAAUUACCUGCAGAUGACACUGUAAGAAGAAUCUAUAUGGCAAGGCACAUUAUUCAGAAAUACAUUGUUGCAGGGUCUCCUAUGGAGGUGAACAUAUCCCACCGGACUCGUCAACAAAUUUUAAAUUCUGCUGAUCUUGCUCACCCCGAUUUAUUCAAAACUGCUCUCAAUGAGCUAUUGCAAUUGAUAAAAACGAACUUGGCAAGGGAAUAUUGGUCAUCCAUGUAUUACAUGAAGCUUCAAGAAGCUGGAGCAAAAGCUAAUGGACAUGAUUUGGAGUUGGCUAUGAGCUGGAACGUCACUCCAAGACUCAGCUAUGUUCAUGCCGCUGAUGAUCCAUUUCACCAAGACAAUCUUAUGCCAUCACAACAAUCGUGAUCAGGGUUGGAUACUUUCCAUAUCUCGAGCCUCACAAAUCAAUGAUAUUGCCACAUCUCCACCAACCUGAUGAUCCAGAAUAUCGAAGAGUAGAAUGGUUGGGAACAUGGAUGGAUCAAGCAGGCUUGUUGUAAUCGCUGGUAUUUUAAAAGUAUAUGGUGUGAUAUGAACCUCCUCUGAGAGUUAUUGGAAAGGAGUUUCUGCAUUUUUCUUAUACAAGACCAUGAGGUUAACUUUAUUAUUAACGUACAUAAUUCUUCUGAAUGUAAGUAAAUUUUGUCGAUUCUUCUUGUAUAUCUGUGUUCUGUAUUGCAGGCAUGCAACAUUUUGUUUAUAGCAUUGCUUGAUUUAUGUUAUUGCUAUACAAUUCCAAAUUUAUAAAGUUUGGUAUUCCCUCUUACAUUUA